AUGGGGACAAGUGUCCUCUCCCCGUGCUCAGGGGCAGGGUCCGCGGCCCAGGGGACGAGCGUCCGCCCCCGCGCUCAGGGGCAGGGUCCGGCCCAGGGGACAAGCGUCCGCACCCCGCGCUCAGGGGCAGGGUCCGCGGCCCAGGGGACAAGUGUCCGCACCCCGCGCUCAGGGGCAGGGUCCGCGGCCGUGGGGACAAGCGUCCGCCCCCCGCGCUCAGGGGCAGGGUCCGCGGCCGUGGGGACAAGCGUCCGCCCCCCGCGCUCAGGGGCAGGGUCCGCGGCCGUGGGGACAAGCGUCCGCCCCCCGCGCUCAGGGGCAGGGUCCGCGGCCGUGGGGACAAGCGUCCGCCCCCCGCGCUCAGGGGCAGGGUCCGCGGCCGUGGGGACAAGCGUCCGCCCCCCGCGCUCAGGGGCAGGGUCCGCGGCCGUGGGGACAAGCGUCCGCCCCCCGCGCUCAGGGGCAGGGUCCGCGGCCGUGGGGACAAGCGUCCGCCCCCCGCGCUCAGGGGCAGGGGGCAGGGUCCGCGGCCCAGGGGACAAGUGUCCGCACCCCGCGCUCAGGGGCAGGGUCCGCGGCCCAGGGGACAAGCGUCCACCCCCCGCGCUCAGGGGCAGGGUCCGCGGCCCAGGGGACAAGCGUCCGCCCCCCGCGCUCAGGGGCAGGGUCCGCGGCCCAGGGGACAAGCGUCCGCCCCCCGCGCUCAGGGGCAGGGUCCGCGGCCGUGGGGACAAGCGUCCGCCCCCCGCGCUCAGGGGCAGGGUCCGCGGACAUGGGGACAAGUGUCCUCUCCCCGCGCUCAGGGGCAGGGUCCGCGGCCGUGGGGACAAGCGUCCGCCCCCCGCGCUCAGGGGCAGGGUCCGCGGCCGUGGGACAAGCGUCCGCCCCCCGCGCUCAGGGGCAGAGUCCGCGGCCCAGGGGACAAGCGUCCGCACCCCGCGCUCAGGGGCAGGGUCCGCGGCCGUGGGGACAAGCGUCCGCCCCCCGCGCUCAGGGGCAGGGUCCGCGGCCGUGGGGACAAGCGUCCGCCCCCCGCGCUCAGGGGCAGGGUCCGCGGCCCAGGGGACAAGCGUCCGCCCCCCGCGCUCAGGGGCAGGGUCCGCGGCCCAGGGGACAAGUGUCCGCCUCCCGCGCUCAGGGGCAGGGUCCGCGGCCCAGGGGACAAGUGUCCGCCUCCCGCGCUCAGGGGCAGGGUCCGGCCCAGGGGACAAGCGUCCGCCCCCCGCGCUCAGGGGCAGGGUCCGCGGCCGUGGGGACAAGCGUCCGCCCCCCGCGCUCAGGGGCAGGGUCCGCGGCCGUGGGGACAAGCGUCCGCCCCCCGCGCUCAGGGGCAGGGUCCGCGGGGUCCGGCCCGGGGCGCCCACAAAGGCCCCUCGGAGCCCCGCGGCGGCCGAGCCCUGCCCUCGCCUCCCCGCCCCGCCCGGGCCCGGGUCCUCCCUCCCGCCUCCUGCCGCCCUCGCCCCCGCUCACCUCGUCCCCAGGCCUGCGGGGACUCCCGGGAGCCCGGCCUCACCCGCGGCCUCACGCCGCAGCGGAGGCCCCGGGACCACCGGCCGCGAUAGCCGUCCCGGGUCGCGACCCCUGCGGGAGCGGACGCCUGGGCCGACCUCGCGCCCCGGAGCCGCUCGCCCCGGAGGCAAACGCCGGCGCCCGGAGCCGGGCAGGCCGGGGCGGGGCAGGAGACUGGGUAGGUGCGGCCGCUGGUGCUUCUGGGAAAUGGAGUCCGCGCCGUGCCCGAGCAUUCUGGGAAGUGUAGUUCGCCGCGGUUGCCGGCGGAGGCGGGGCCCUGGCUGCGCCCCGUCACGUGACCAGACCCGCUGGCGGGCUCGCGGGGAGCUCCCCCGGGGUCGCCGCGCCGCCGCGCUCUGUGAGGGGCUGAGGUGA